CAAUAAAUAUUUUACGAGUGUAACAGAGCCACACACACACACAAAACACACUGCUGUCUUUAGUUCAGAUCACAGACCUGCUCGACACAGAAAGAAUGGACACAUCUAUAGCUGUCAGAGAGAGAGAUAAAGAGAUGAACGAGUCGGCAGGGAUACAAAAUCUCCUCAGACAGGAAACAGAACUGCACAUUACUGAGGGCAGGGUCAGUGUGCAGAAGAAUCAGGAGCGGGUGAAUCGAAUCAGACAGCUGAAAGAACAACUUCAGAAAGACAAGGAGGAGGAAUCGGACCAAUCAGGACAUGGCACUAACACAAUAGAGCGUGAGAAACUCUUGGAGCGCAGGAUGAGAAUGAGAGAGACUCAUGAGAAAGUGAUUGAAAAUGAAUUAAUAAAGAUGGAGCGAGAACUAGAGAAGCAGCAGGUGGCUGGUAUAGAGGGUGAAAUGUUGUACCUGCGCAGAGAGAGACACAUUCUGGUUCUGCAGAUCGAGGCGCUGCGCAGAGAGAAUCAGCAAGCACAUGCAGACCUGGAGACGCAGUACACACAACACCAACAAGAACUAAACACACUCAGAGAAGAGAGCUUACAGGUCUUCAGGGUGUUUCGUGAGGUUCUAGAGGAACAGAAAAGAACCUCAGAACAGAGGUACAGACGUCUGCUCAUAGAUGCUAUUCAGGAUGCAGUUCACCUGUCCACUCAAAACCUACAACUACAAGAAGAAAUUCAGCAGCUGAGAAACAAUCAGCGAGCAUUUUUCUCAAACCAGAUGCCGAUGCAGAACUGAAUGCUUCCUGUGUGUAUAUCAAAUCUACAUUAUGCAAAACAGAGUCACAAUCACCGUGAAUAAAACACUACUAGACAUUAAAAACAUAAAAUACUGUAAGAACUAUAUGAUCAUGUAUGUAAUAAAUACUAAACAUAAGAUAAAGUAAUUAUUGACAAUAAAACUGAUGUCUGCCUAAAUUUCAAACACAAAGAAAGUCAUUCAAAAUAUUUAUUUGCAUAAUUCACUCUUAAAUACUGUACAGGCACUGUACCAUUACAUAUGUUUCAACAUUUCAAUAAAAUAAAAACAUAGGAGAUGCAUAGGAGAAGAAAAACAACAGUGAAUCUCCAAACAAUGACAUUCAGUUUGUAUGAGAUGAUGUUGAUUCAGUAAGAUGCACUUUUUUAUAAUAAAGGCAGAAAGGAUAAUAGUGGGCACAAGCUGAAGAAAAUAUUAGACAGAAGAAAUGCAGUCAGAGAUUUAAAA